AUGUGAACGCAGUAUUAUAUAUUCUUUUGAUACUUCCUAAGUUUAUAUGGAUAGAUGAAUAGCUAUUUGUUAGAUUUAUAGUUUAAAAAUGAAGGAAAGCGUAAGACUUUUGCGAAUAUUUUUGUGGAAGAAUUGGCGACAAAUUCGAUACUCUUGGAUAUCUUUAUUGCUAAUAUUCGUCGGCUGUUCAGGCAUUUUCAUUGUUUACCUCUUUUCAACAAACAGACUUCUGACUACGCCUCAAACGACUUAUGAAGGGAGAUUAUUUUACUUUAUUAAGACGGAAUUCCCUUCUAAUGACGUUGAUCGAAUUUUUUACGCUCCAAAUAAUUUGCGAACUGAUAUAUUGAUGGAAAGAGUACGUCAAGAACUACAGUAUCCACACACUGGCCUCCGGUUCUUUGGUAACUCAACUGAGAUGAUUCUUGAAAUGGAACGCAGCUGUAAAGGGAACUGUUAUGCCGUGAACUUCUUAAACUAUCCGACUGAUCCAUCACGCGAGAAAUUGAAGUAUUCGAUAAGUUCAACAAGUAUAAGAAUAUCACCUAAGAAACUUUAUGUUAAUGACGAAGAGGUAGCUGGAAUAAAAGAUGAUGAUGACUACAUACGAUCUGGUUUUAUGACCUUACAACACACAAUUGAUAGAAUGUUUAUAACACUUCAAGACAGUCCCAAAGCAAUUAACUUCGAUUUUGAAAUUGCUUCAGUGCCUACAAUUGCGCAAGAAACAAUCGAUUCACAGCGUAUUAUUUGGUUUGGUUCCUUAUAUUCAGUUCUAUUUAAUGUUUUACUACUUAGCACGUUUCUUGUACCUCUAGUCGAAGAAAAACAAAAUGGUAUCAAGGAAUUUUUAGCAAUUGCAACUCCCAUGAAUUUUUUGAAUGGUGUUAGCUUCUUCCUCAUCAGAUUAUUAAUGUAUGCAGUAUUUACCGUGGUGGUGCUAAUUGCUGGUGGGAUAUAUCAGGCCUUUGGAGAAAUUGUGCCUGUCGGAUACAUAAUUGUACUAUUUGUGCUCUACAUAUUUUCUGCUAUGUCUUACACGUACCUCAUAUCAGUAUUUUUUCACUCAGUAUUUCAUGCCAAAGUUGGUGGACUUUUAACGUUGGUUACUCCAUAUAUUCUAUAUUUCUCAAAAGGAGAAGUCUCAACAUUAGCAAACAUAUUUAGCACGAAAACAUUCAUGGAGGGAAUUAAAAAUUUUCAAAUCUUUACCAAUAAAUAUCGCGAAGUUGGCCGCAAUGUACUUAAUAUAAAUAUUACAGAAUCUUCAUUUACAGUCAUAUCCGUUUAUAGCAUUUUGGUAGCCCAGUGCUUAAUAUAUGCAAUGCUAUAUAAUUACUUGGCAUAUAUAUUUCCUGGCCCAGGAAGUUUACAAAGACCGUACCUCCUUCCCAUCAUGUCAUUAUGGAGGAGAAAUAAACCAAGCACUGAGUAUACAACUAGCAAAAUUGGAACCGAUGCCAUUAUCAUUCAAGACCUUCAGAAAUCCUUUAAAAAACCUAAGCGUAUCAUUUCCGAUGGUCUUAAUAUGGCAAUUAAGAAUAAGCAAAUUACUGUACUCCUUGGACAUAACGGAGUAGGUAAAACCACGACGUUAAAUAUGAUUAUGGGUUCCGAACUUCCAGAUUCGGGUAAAAUAACGGUUUGUGGAGAGCAUGAGGUUGGCUCAUAUCGUCAUUUAAUUGGAUAUUGCCCACAGCAGAGUGUUUUUAUGCCUUAUAUGACUUGCGCUGAACAUUGGAAUUUUUUUGCUCAGAUUAGAGGAAUGUCAAAGCAUGAUGCCGCCACAAUUACAGAUGAAUUAUUAAUUAAGCUCAAGUUACAAGAUAAAGAAAACGAGUACGGAAACUGUCUAUCCGGUGGUAUGAAACGAAGGUUAUCCCUGGGAAUCGCAAUUGCGGGUAAUACAAAAGUCGUAAUUUUAGAUGAGCCGUCUUCUGGAUUAGAUGUUGAAUCACGUCGUGAGUUAUGGGACAUAUUGCUUAAAUUAAGGAAACUAAAAGCCGUUUUGAUAACUACGCAUCACAUGGAAGAAGCAGAAGUGUUGGGUGACACAAUCGCCAUAUUAGCUAAUGGUCGUGUUCACUGCUCUGGGUCACCUUUAGAACUGAAACGGAAAAUUGGUCAAGGAUACGUACUAAAAUUAUGCAUAAGUAGAGAUCAAAUUAAGGAUGAGAUUCUACAAAUAAUUCAGCAAAAUAUGCCUGCCUCAAAAAUUUUGACCGUAGUGCCGCCUGCGCUGCACAUUAGCUUGCCAUAUGAAAACCAGAGUGAAUACAGCAAAGUACUACAACAAUUAGAGCGUAGGCAGAGGGAGUUGGGUAUUAACUCAAUUUCUAUCUCCGAUGCUUCGCUGGAGGAUGUUUUUCUAAAUUGUUUAUCUGAAAUUGACGUUGUGGAUGGUAUAGGAUCGGAUAAAGAAUGCCCUACGUACACACCGUUUGAGACACCGAAAUUUCAAAUAAGUUGGAAAGAGCAAUCAAAAGCCGUUUUUUAUAAAAAAUUUAUAUUUGUUAAAAAUCAAUGGGGUAACACUUUGCUAAUGGUUUUACUUCCGAUGCUAAGUCUUGCAAUUGCACUGGUAUUAAUGCAUUCCAUGUCGCUAGUCACUAAUGAAGACAAGUUGAUUUUAAAUCUGAAUUAUAUACAGCGCGGUAUUAUACUCGUCGAUGGUUCCAAUACUGAAAUUUUAAAUAUAUUAAAAACAGAAAUUCAGAAAUAUGAUAACAUACGAGUCGAAGGUCUUGAAAAUAGGAAAGGGGAGAACAUUACAGAUUUUUUGCUAAACCUCCAAUAUCAAAAUUUGGCAUAUUUUUUGGAAAACUAUAUCGGUGUUAUUGAUUUAACCACAGAAGGAAAUGGCAAUAUUAAAUUCAAUAUUUAUUUCUCUGGCAACAUAUACCACAGUUCGGUAAUUUUACUGAAUUUGGUUGACGAUACCAUUGCUCGAUGGAAAAUGGGCGAAUCUAGCGGAAUUGAGACCACAUAUGUUCCCAUUAGAAGAUUCAUUAGUGAUGUUAGCCCAACCCGAUUGGAAUACUUUGCAGUAAUAAUGCCUAUUGGAUUGUUCUUCAGUAUAUUUUUUUAUAUUGCAUUGCCUUUUCACGAGCAUGCAAGUGAAUUCAAGCACUUACAAGCCAUACCGCGAUCGAUUUUUUGGCUUGCAACAUUUGUUUUUGAUGCUGCGCAGCAUUUCGUCAUUUGUAUACUUUUGUGCCUCCUGCAAUAUGUACUGAUGCCGAGUGAAUUGUAUAAUUUAUCCGAACAACUUCUUAUCAUUGCGUCCAUUUUUUUCUAUGGCUGCAGUUACCUUCCAAUUAUAUAUAGUUUAGCAAACGCUUUUCGUUCGAUAUCGACAAUUUCAACUUAUAUGCUUUUUAUGCUCAUUGUAUCAGCAAUUGCACCUUUAAUAACAUCUGGCAACAUACGUGCAAUGGAGUAUCAUGAAGGGAAAAUAUUUACACUGCUGCAAUUGCCGGACUUUAAUUUAAAUCAUCAGUUGCGCAUUAUCAAUGAAAGAUUUUUACUUACUCGGCGAAAUGAGCUUAUACCUACAACAGGAUUACCGAAAGUAUUGAGUGUCAAUAAUUUCUUUCUUGAAGCUAUUGUGAUUGCAGUUAUCGUAAUGGUGAUAUUUGUAAGUGUUUUAGAGAACAAAUAUAAAUGUGAGCAAAUUAAACGCGUUUUCAAUUGCUAUAAGUGUCGGCAGGUUACUGUGAAUAACGCCGAAAAUGUUGAUAUUGAAGAGGAAUUGAUGACGAAUGAAAAAGCGGCAGUUACUGACAUUAUGAAUGAGAAAAAUGAAAAAAAAUAUCCACUGCUGGUUUGUGAUUUAUAUAAGUUCUACAACCACAAAGUCGCUGUACGUGGUCUAAAUUUUAUUGUAAAAAAGCAGGAAUGCUUUGGUUUACUUGGUGUCAACGGUGCAGGAAAAACCUCUACUUUCCAAAUGAUUGCUGCAACUUUAACUAUUACUGGUGGCACAAUUAAAAUUGAUGGUAUUGAUGUUAUGGAAAAUGAGUCUGAAUAUCGAUGCCGUUUUGGUUAUUGUCCACAAACCGAUUGUCUAAAUGAAUUUAUGACUGCAUAUCAAACAUUAUUCUAUAUUGCAAAAUUGCGGGGUAUUUCAGAUUCCGCCAAAGCAAAUUAUGAAGUUUUAUAUUGGCUAGAGAAAUUAGAUCUUCAAAAAUAUAAAGACGUUAAAGUUUUUCGUUAUUCGGGUGGAACAAAGCGUAAAUUAAAUGCAGCUAUAGCCAUGAUCGGCAGCCCUUCGCUUGUUUUGUUAGAUGAACCGACAACAGGGGUGGAUCCAGAGUCUCGAAGAUUUUUGUGGAAAUGCAUAAAAGAUUAUCAAAGUCGUGGCAAUACUGUUGUUCUAACCUCACACAGCAUGGAUGAAUGCGAACAGCUGUGCAAUAGACUAGCGAUAAUGGCUGGUGGAAACUUUAAAUGUUCAGGACAUGUACCAGACUUAAAAAAACGAUUCGGUAGUGGAUUUACAAUGAAAGUGAAAUUAAAAUCUGAGGAAACUUAUGUGGUUAAAGAUAUAACAACCGAGUUGUGCAAAAUAUUUUCUGAAAGUCAGUUGCGAGAGAAUCACGCGGGGAUUGUUACGUAUUUUAUUAAUAACGUUGAUGAUCUUAAAUGGUCCGAUAUUUUUAAAAAAACGGAAUCCUUUACAAGUGGAAGGAGAGACCUUGUGGCGGAUUAUUCGUUGAACGAGACAACACUUGAAGACAUAUUCCUAAAAUUUGAAACCAAUAGACGGACGAGUAUACCUCAACUAAGCGUAUCAUAUGAGAUUACACCUUAAAUUUUUUAAUCUAUUCCCUAAUAGUAUAUCAGAAUUUCUUUUAUUGGUGAUUGGCGUGAUCAUUGUGGUCAUAUGAGCAUGCAUUUUCUGAUUUAACUACUAUUAUCAAGCAAAAAUAUAACAUCAAAUAAUUUGAUAUUAUAAACAAAUUAAUUUUAAGCAAGAAACAUGUAUUCAGGUCCUAUGACGAUUUACUUUUUCGUCUAUUCUGCACUUAACAUUAACGUCGAAAUCUGACUACUGGGGUUUAUACAUGCAUUUAUGAUUUCAUACACACAUACAUCACCAAAAAUAUUUAAUUUAAUUAUAUUCUCGUUUAUAUAUUUAACAUUCCCAUUACUAAAAUUUCAUAUUUCGCAUCAUGGGCAUAGAUAUUAAAAUCUUAUCGAAUUAAGUUUGGUGUAACUUUACAGAGUACUUUAAUUGAAGCAUGUACAUAUAUAUUUAUUGGCAUAUCUUUAAGUGUAAUAAGUGUUUGAAUCAAAUGUUUUGACUAUUUAAAGAAUUCGUAGAGAUAAUAAAAGACAACUCUUAUACAAUUUUGCAUAUGCA